AUGGCAUGGUUCAGAAGCUUUAACAUUGCAGCCUUGCUGGUGAGUGAUUCUCAAGUCCUUGCAUCACUCAAGUCUAUUGGGAGUUCUUUUGACUUUCUGCCACGAGAUUAUCUUCCUCGUCGCGCUAGAAAUGGUCAAUAUCACUGGGGGGACAUCACGUAUCGGUUCCGUACAGGCGGAGGAGACGAUAUCGAACUUGGCAGUAUAGGGUUUCCGACAGAGAUUAACGGUAUUUUUACCAGGCAUGACGCAUCGGAUAUGCUUUCUCUAUGCUCCCUCGCUGCCCGAUAUAUUAGGGUAUCACCAACUAGUGGCAAUGGCCCAGCUCUAAUCAUCACCCCCUUGAACAACACCUCAAUGGAGGCAUACCGUAACCUGGAAGAGUCAUAUUUUGACGAUACGGCGUAUGAGAGCCAAGCUUUUGAAGGCUACUACGAGUGCCAAUCGGUGCAGUAUGGCCCACGCUUCACAGUCGUUAACGGAGGAGCAAGACAAUUGGAUAAAGCAGUCUACAGCACGGGUACGCCGAUCGUAGUAGGCGUUCCUGGAUUUAUCAUCCCUCAGGGGCUGCCUGCGCAACUUUUCAUUAACGCGUUGUCCAAUAUUCGAGAGCUCUCCACAGAUCCGACGGACGCUGUGACUGAGUCAAGUCAAGGGUCUUAUUCUGGUUACGCCAUCUACCAGUACCUGUGGAAGGGUGUAACCAUUCACUACUACAUCACAAAGCCUAGUGCUGAAGCGAUUGCGGACAUGGGUCAUUUUCUGACUACUUCGGCGUGGUUUAAUGAUACCAGCGACCCGUUCAUAAUCGUAACUCAGGACUCGAGCGCCUGGAUCGCAGGCCUUAGUGAUGAAGCGGGCGGGUGGGAGCGGGUGGGAGCGUAUCUUGCAGCUGUGAUGAAGCAAGCCGCGCAGCCCAGCGCCCGGAGCGUGACUCGGAAAAGUUUAUUUUUAUACGAGCCCAGCCAAGUUCCGUCGUAUAGGUACGCUAUCGAUCGUGCAUACGAUUAUGUCCAUGUUGCAGCUGCAUACUGGUCUUUAUAUCAAGCUAAAAGAGCAUAUCCUCAAGUUAUUACGAAACACAGCUGGGGCUGGUAUCUUGACCAAGCACAUCUGACCAUCAUACGAGGCAUGCACCCCGAUGUUGGGUACAAUCAGAUUGGACUAAUGGGAAAGACAGCCAAAACUUUAAUUGAUAACAUGCGUUCGCGGGCUGUACAGUGGGAUCAUGAGUUGGUUCCGUUUGGCGGCGAGAUGGCUUGGGGCUCUACUGGGCAGGAGGGGGUGCACUACUGGACGAAGUAUGUUGUGCUUGGUUACGUGCCAGCUGUGCCUCACCGGGGAUGGAAUGGGAAUGCCCGGCGGUAUUGGGACGAUAUUUGCGGUGGCAAACUUCAACGUAUAGAACGUCAGAUCCAUCACUAUGGAUCUGCGCUCAAUGCACUAGUUCUUCUGUCUGCUUUUCGAAGCAAUCCUUCAGAUAUAUACCUUCUAAGAGCCGGAUAUGGUGGAAUCAGUGGCCCAAUUUCUAGUAUUCAUCAAGACGGCUAUGUUGGCGCAUCGUUUCACUCAUGGCCGGACACGCUUCAGUGGGACGGCAUUACUGGUGAUUAUGGUCCUGGAUUUCUAGGUAUGGUCCUCGGAAUUGGAGCCUACGUUGUGGAAGAUCCAACUUGGGGUCUUCUGGUGUUUGGUGGAACGAAUGACACAAAGGGCGACUUAAAGACGGUCCAAACCACAGACCCAGUGCUGAAACGAGUAUUUAUUGGGUCUCUGAAUUUGGAAUUAGAGGUUGACGCUAGAUUUAUUGAGGCUGUGAGCUUCACCAAUGGUUGUGGUAACAUUGAAAUACAAGUUAGUCAAAACCCUAGCCAGCCAGAAGCCGACAAGAUUGUGCUUUGGGCAGAGAGUGGUGGAGGAGAAUGGGAGGUACUGGGGAAAGGUGGGAGAUUCCUUUCAUUUCCCGUACAACGACGGUGA